AUGUCAAUUAGCACUACAUUUGGAACUGUCGUUAAAAGGUUUUUAGGAAUGUCAGCUGCAUCUUCUCAGAAGGUUUCUCAACCGAAGUGGUAUAAACCUACUUCGUCACAGACGAAGCCUGUUUUAAAGUUGUACAACAGUUUAACGAGGGGAAAGGAGGAAUUCAUACCCAUUUCUGGAGGAAGAAAAGUUACGUGGUAUUCUUGCGGUCCCACUGUUUAUGAUGCAUCACAUAUGGGCCAUGCUAGGAACUACGUCUCCAUUGACAUCAAUAGACGUAUCUUGGAAGAUUAUUUCGGGUAUAAUGUUGUGUUUGUUCAGAAUGUUACUGACAUUGACGAUAAAAUUAUUGUUCGCGCUAGGCAAAGCUAUCUUUUUGAAGAAUUCGUUUCUGCAAAUUCAAUUGUUACCGAUGCAAUCAUUAGAAAAGUUGAAGACGGCCUAUGGCAGUACGUCAAAGCAAAUUUUAAACAAGAGUUUUCAACUAUUGAACAGUAUGAAAAGUGGUUUAAUUCCCUGGACAUUGAAAAGGAAAAAUCAGCGAAUCCUAAGUUCGGUAUGCAUGCCAGUGCUUGCGCAAACUGUAUCAAAGCUUUAAAGGGUGUGGCUGAUGAAGAGUUUUAUUCUUUGGUGAAAGACAUAAUUAUUCCUGUAUUGGAUGAAGAAUCUGGAAGCUCCAUUAAUGAUCCUGAAAUAUUUAAAAAACUUCCUGCUUUCUGGGAAAGAAAAUUUGACCAAGAUAUGGCUUCUUUAAACGUGUUGCCGCCAACCAUUACGACCCGUGUUUCUGAGUAUGUUCCAGAAAUCAUUGAAUUUGUUCAGAAGAUUAUAGAUAAUGGCUAUGCGUACCCAACGUCUGACGGCUCCGUGUAUUUCGACACCCUUAAGUUCGACAAAUCUGAAAAUCAUGAUUACGCAAAGUGUCAACCUUGGAACAAGGGCCAACUUGAUUUAAUUAACGAUGCCGAGGGCUCUCUGAGCAAUUUCACUUCUUCGAAUGGAAAAAAGUCACCGAAUGACUUUGCUCUGUGGAAGGCUUCUAAACCUGGCGAACCAGAAUGGCAAUCACCUUGGGGAAAAGGUAGACCCGGUUGGCAUAUUGAAUGUUCUGUGAUGGCUAGUGAUAUCCAUGGAUCAUGUAUGGACAUCCAUUCGGGUGGUAUUGAUUUAGCGUUUCCUCACCAUGAUAACGAACUUGCGCAGUCUGAAGCUUGUUUUGAUAACCACCAAUGGGUGAAUUAUUUCCUACACACUGGUCAUUUGCAUAUUGAAGGGCAGAAAAUGUCGAAGAGUUUGAAAAACUUCAUUACAAUUGGCGAGGCUUUGGAAAAAUACAGUGUUCGUCAAUUGAGACUGGCUUUUGGAUCAGUUCAAUGGAAUAACCAGUUAGACUUCAAAGAAAGUUUUAUGAAUGAAGUUAAAUCUUUCGAACAGGGGUUAAAUAACUUUUUCAGAAAUGUCCGUGCCUUGAAGCAAAACUAUGAACAUGAUCUUGAUAAUGGUGUAUUUAUUUCUAAGAAGCUCUCAAGUUUAGAAAAGAGAUUAUAUGAAGAUUUGGACGAAAGCGAAGAUAAAGUUUAUGCUGCAUUCUGUGAUAAUUUGUCUACCCCAAUAGCACUCAAAUCGCUGGGUGACUUGGUGACGAAAGCGAAUACUUAUAUUGCUUCAUCUGGCGGGGAAGUAAGAAUUGAACCUUUGUUGGCUGUAGCUCGCUACAUAACAAGAAUCUUGGCGAUUGUUGGGUUUCCUUCUCGUCAUGAUGGAUUAGGGUGGUUAGAUGAGUCAAGUUCACGUGGUGAAACUUUAGGAUCGAAGGAGGAUAUGUUAAUGCCAUAUGUCAAAUGUUUAUCGAAUUUCCGUGAUGAAGUGCGUAGAUUGGCAAUUUCGAAGUCAGAUUCUUCAGAAUUUUUAAAAUUGACUGAUAAAAUCAGAGAUGAUGAUCUUCUGAAACUUAAUGUUGCUAUCGAUGAUAAAAAUGGUCAAAGUUCGUUAAUAAAAUUCUUGACAAGCGAGGAGAAGGAUGAAAUAUUGAAGCUUAAUGAAGAGAAGAUUAUGCGUCAGAAAGAAAAGGAGGCUAAGAAACUCGCGCAAGCCAAGUUAAAAGAAGCAAAGGAAGCUGAAAGAAAAGAAAAGGCAAAGACGGCACCUCAGGAUUUGUUCCGUGAUCCUAAUUUGUAUUCUGAGUGGGAUGAAAAUGGUGUUCCUUUGAAGGAUAGAGAUGGGAACGAAAUCACAAAAUCGAUGACGAAGAAGUUAAAGAAGCAAUGGGAAGUCCAAAAGAAGCUUCACCUGGAAUAUUUCGGUUAG